AUGGCGUCACGCGAGGCAAUUGUCGUAGACGACGCGGACGACGCACCGAGUGCGGCGCCGCGCUCGCUCGCUAGCAUUAUACCGGACCGUGCGCAGCUCGAGCGCGAGAGGCUGGCGCGCGCGGCGAAGCGCGCGGCUCAGGCCGUGGACCGUGCGCCGACCGCAGGGCCGAGCACCAUGGCGGGGCCGUCGACGCCGCAGCGCGCCCAGGCAGACUGGGGCUCGUACGUGCCCAAGCGGCGUGCCGGUGCCGCGACGUCGGCCUCGGGGCCGUACGCAGGCUGGAAGUCGGCAGACGUGCCUCGCGCGUCUCCUAGCAGCGAGACGUCACCGCGGUAUACCCCCAUCUCGGCUGCGGACCGCUUCUGGCGCGGAGCAAUCAAGGCGACCUACAACCGCUAUGCGCGGCCCGCCAAGGCCGGCACGCGCCUCGGUGAGGCUCUGCUGCCGGCCACGGCGACGAGCGCCAACGGGCUGCAGCGCGUCCUGCUCACCUCGUACGAUGUCGAGAUGGAAUGGCUGCUUACUCUCUUCCCCUCGGUACCCGUGACGUACAUCGGCAAUCCCCCGCCCGGCGACCCUCGACGUGACCCCAGCGUCCCAAGGCCUGGCUUGUAUCCGUGCAAUGGCGUGUCGAAUUGGGAAAUGGGCAUUCCUUCCAAGCCCCACCCCCGCGCGCUGCAGCACAGUAAGCUGAUCCUCCUGUACUUUACGACUCACCUGCGCGUGAUCAUCUCGACCGGUAACCUGUCGCAAGUCGACUGGACGCGCUACGAAAACCUCUUUUACGUGCAAGAUUUUCCGCCGGCCAGUGACGCGUCGCCCGAGCCUCCGUCGCCGCGCGCGUCCGGCGACGCAUUCCGCACGGACCUCGAGCGUGUGCUCACGUCGCUCAGUCUCCCCCGCACGCAUGCCGCCUAUACAGCCCUCGCGACGUACUCGUUCACGCGCGCAGCCGCGCAUAUCGUCGCGAGCUGGCCGCAGCCUCCUGUGCACGGCUGGCCAGCGAUGGAGCACUGCGGCGUGGCGCGUCUCGGGCGUGUGGUGCGCACUAUUGGCGCGCGCAGCGAUAAAAUGUUGCUCGAGGCGCAGGGGUCGUCGCUCGGCGUGUACGAGCGCCGCUGGCUCGAGCAGUUCUACGUGCUGGCCAGCGGCCGCGACGUGACGGGCGUACUCCCAUUUGCCGGGCGUGCGAGUGGCCCUGGCGCCUCGAGCGAGUUCCUCAAGCUCACUGGAGAGACGUCGUGGCCGCCCGUGCGCAUCCUCUUUCCCACGCAGCGCUAUGUCGAGCAGACCUUUGUCGAGGGCCCCCCUGGUGCGGGGUGCUUCUUUGCCAAGGUCGACGACUUUCACAAGCGCGAGCUGCGCCCCCUGUUCUACCAGCCGGUGUCGUGUCGCGGCGACAUUCUCAUGCAUGCCAAGUCGCUCGUGGCUACCGGCCCCGCGUCCCAGGGAUGGGUGUACCUCGGCAGUGCGAACUUUACGCGGGCGGCGUGGGGCACAGUCGCCGGCACGCCCGAGCGCCCGACGCUCUCGGUGAACAACUGGGAGCUGGGUAUUGUCCUCCCUCUAGACUCUACGGAUGUGGACGGAAGCGCAGCCGACGCCAUCCCCUACCGGCGCCCUCCCGCGCCGAACCUUGCGCUGGCCGAUGGCGAGGUGUAUAGCCAGCCGGCUGCGACCGGUGUUGGUAUCCACGAGAGUACACAGCUCGUGGCGGCGAUCGAUGCGCUGAAACGCCAUGGCAACCCGGUGCGGCUCGAAGACUUUGCGCUGAUGAACGGCCUGCAGUCGCUGCUGGACAGCAAGAACGGGCUGUACAAGCGCUUCUCCGAGCACCCCAAGGUGCAGUAUGACGAAAAGACGGAUUUGUGGAGCUACAAGCCCGACUACAAUGUGCACAGCACCGCCGACGUCGUGACGCUGCUGCGUGACAAGUACUACCACCCCGCGGCGCUGACCCCCGCGUCCGCGGCGGCGGGCAUGCGUGUCGCCGAGCUACGUGAGUCGUAUCCCCCCGCGCGCGAGGCGAUCGAGGAGCUGGUCAAUGCCGAGCCCUUUGAGGACCGCCAGGUGCUGGCGCUGCGUGGCAAGCGCGAUGGCGCGAUCAAGCACGUCUUUUGGAACCCCAUCCAAGGCGAGGAGGUGCGGCCGAUUGACAACGAGUUCAAGGAGCUGUGGCGUAGCCUGCGCGUGCCCGACGUGGUGGACCUCACGACGGACCUCGAGAGCGAGGGCCUCAGUGCGACCAAAGAGAUUGACAAUGCGCCGAAGGCCCAGGCGAGUGCGCCCGCGCAGCGUGGGCGCAAGAGCCGGCGUGGCGCCGCGCCGCGCAAGUUCAAGCUGCAAAACACGCAUUUGCAAGGCGUGGACCUGAGCAAGGACUUUGUCAAGCAGUGA